AUGGACAGAAAUGAGGAGACGAAAAUGGAAGGAGGGUUGCUAAAGAAGCCUCUUCUUAUUGGAAAAAGCUCCUGCCGGAAGCUACGACGGCGCCGGAGGAUCAUCGUCGCCCGCGGCCGUGAUCUUCAGCACGCUCUUAUCAUAUUCGUCACCAACCCAAGAUGGAAUUACCCAAGAUUUGGGACUCUCGUUGCAGAUUACUCAAUGUUUGGGUCAAUUAUGACGGUUGGUGGGAUGAUUGGGGCUCUGUUUUGUGGGAGAAUGACGGCAGUUCUUGGUUGCAAAUACACGAUGUGGCUGUCACAGGUUUUCUGCACCACUGGCUGGCUUGCAAUAGCACUUGCCACUGUCAGUCUUGUCCCAGGGAUCCUGCAACUUGUGGGGCUAUUUUUCAUUCCUGAGUCUCCAAGAUGGCUGGCAAAAGUUGGAAGAUGUAAAGAGUUUGAAGCUUCAUUGCAAUGGUUGAGAGGCAAGAACGUUGAUAUCUAUGAAGAAAAAGAAGAGAUCAAAAGUAGUGUGGAUUCUUUGAAAGAUGAUUCAAAUGCCAAAGGCAAGGACCUUUUCCAGAAGAAAUAUGCAUACUCCCUCAUAGUUGGACUUGGUCUAAUGCUUUUACAGCCACUUGGAGGCAAUUCAGGAAUUUCAUCCUAUGCUAGUGCUAUAGUUGAGAGAGCUGUGUGUAUGCAACCUUUGAUAUAUCUUUGGAUACAGGAUUUCCAACUAGCACUGGUACCAUUAUCAUCUCAACAGUACAGGUAUUGGACCAGUACCAUCAGCGGCGGCAGGCCGUUCUUAAUGGAUUUUGCAGGAAGAAGACCACUGCUCAUGGUUUCAGCUGGUGGAAUGUGUUUCUGUAGCUUUCUUGUGGGAUUAUCAUUUGUAAUGCAGGUAUACACAUCAGCUUUCUCAAUUGGUGCAGCAGGCAUUCCAUGGACCAUGAUGUCUGAGGUCUGGAAAUUACUUGAUUUUGCGAAAUAA